AUGACGACGGCCUUCUCCUUUUCUGGCAGCGCACCACAAGCACCGCCGGCUGCGGCCGCUUCGAGCAUGUCUGGAGGACAGGGCGGGACGCUGGGCGCGUUUGGCCAGGCACAGCAAGCUUCAAAUUUCCAAUCCAAAUUUGACCUCUGCAUGGCAAGGCUCGCUGUUCCUCCGACUGGUGCUCUUUCCAUGGCCACGGCCUCGCGUCCGAACAGUACCAAACCUCCCGUUGGCGAUACCAUCAUGGCUCCUCAUUUCUCGUCACCGGCACAGGCCAUGGCUGUCGACUCGGACGCGGAUCAGCUGGCAGAUCAAUUCGCUUCUCUGAAUGUCUUUGUGCAGCCUCUGACGAGCGUGCCGGCUCCUGCUGCUCUCUCUGCCUCCGACUCCGAGGCCGAUCGCUACCUGGAAAUUGCCAAAGCUCGUCCCAAGUCUCUCAUCGCUCUCACAUCGCUCGCCGAGCCAACCUCGUCGCUGGCUCUGACCCUUGCUUCGAUGUCCCUCUCGGGAUCGAGCUCUUCUUCGACCUCCAAAGGAAAGGAGACGGACAUGGGAAACCCAUUUCUGCGUGUCGGCCAGCCGAGCGACAAGGCCAACAAGAUGGCGGAUCCCAAAGGCAAAGGGAAGGAGACAAGCAUCGCUGAGAAAAAGGUUGCUCCCCGUCGCAAGAAGGCCCCUGUUUCGUGCUUCAUUCAGCCGAAGAGACAGACUCCAAAGCCACCACCACCUCCGCCACCUGGCUCAGUUUCUACCGCGGCUCAGCCGUCCACGCCUGGAACCGACUCGAGCUCGACGUCCGUUCUUACCAAAACCACGAGCACCGAGAAGCAGGCCGCAGAUGGCGAGCACAAGACCAAAACGCCCCACGAGCAGCCAAACUCGAUGGAGACCGAAACCACCGCCAGUGACUCUCUGGAGACAAGCAUGGCUGGUCUUGAGAUCAAGCUCCCAGCCAAGCCGACUCACGCGGCCGAGAACCCUGUGAAGCCUCCUAUCAAGCGUGCAGCUGUCACCUUCCCGCCUGGUGCCCUCCGGAUCUCAAUGGCCUCCAUUCACGCUGCCCCCAUGAUCCCCGCCAUCUCUACCACGGCUCCCAUUGUCGAACCUGCCGCCUCCUAG